UGAUAAAUUAUGUCGAUUUUUGUUGACAAAGGCAAUAGCAAUGGUAUUGUUACAUCAGUUGAUGACUUGGUAUUUUAAAUAAUUUUCAGCUAAUGCUGAAAUGAACUCAAAUUUUAUGUGUUGAUAAAUAUUCUUAGUAAAACAUUCGGCUAAGUGGAGAUAAUUCAUAGUAAAACUUUUUUUGUUCAUUAAAAAAUAAAAAUAUGAUUUUUUCCAAAGCAGCUCUAUCGGUUAUUUGUCUUCUAAUGCUUUUGUCUGUUUUUAUGGCUAAUUUAUUAAAUAUAAUUGCAAUAGAUCAUAAUUUCUACGUAAAAAAUAAUGAAGUAGGUGAAAAUUAUACGAAGUAUUUAGUCGAAAAAUACGGACAAAUAUCUGAUUCCACAAAUAAUAUUGUGUGGUUUUUGCAGAUAUCCGAUAUACACAUCAGUAUAUUCCGUGACCCGGGAAGGAUAUCUCAAUUCCAACAGUUUUGCGACACAACUGUAAAAAGUAUAAAACCAUAUGUCGUGUUAGCUACAGGAGAUUUGACUGAUGCAAAAACUAAGGAUAACUUAGGUAGCUCUCAAGUAAAAAAGGAAUGGAUUUAUUAUUAUAAUAUUAUAAAAGAAUCGGGAAUUACUGAAUAUACAACCUGGCUGGAUAUAAGAGGAAAUCAUGAUAACUUCAACGUCAGAAAUAUUAAUGCUCAGGAGAAUUAUUUCAGAAACUACUCUAUACAAGGGAGUAGCCAUUCUAAGUCAUAUAUUCAUAUUGUAGAGCAUAAUGGAGUUAGUAUGGCAUUUUUAGGAGUUGACGCGUGUCCUGAUCCAGGAUUAAGAAGGCCCUUUAAUUUUAUCGGUAUCUUAGAUAUUCAAGAACAACAACAUUUACAGAAACUAAAAAACGAAGCAGAAAGCAAAGUUGAUCAUAUUAUUUGGUUUGGUCACUACCCUACGUCAUGCAUAUUAUCCUUAGAAAUGGAUUCUCAAAGACUUAAUGUUAGAGAACUUAUUGGUAGUGCAAAAGGCUCACAGGUCUAUGUUUGCGGCCACUUGCAUUCCAUGGGAGGUUUAGUUAAACAAAUGUACACAAAACACAAGAAAGGGUAUUUAGAACUUGAAUUAGGCGAUUGGAAAGACAAUAGAAUGUUUCGAUUGGCAGCAAUUGACCAUGGAAUAUUUUCAUUUAUAGACCAAAAGCAUAAUACUUGGCCUAUUAUUUUAGUGACAAAUCCAAAGCAUGCUCAAUUUAUUCUACCGGGCCGUGAACCACUUCAGCUAAUACAGGAUUCUACCCACAUUAGAAUAUUAGCAUUUAGCGAUGUGAAAAUUGAAAGUGUUAAAAUAUCAUUUGAUAAAAUUAGUUGGAUGAAAUGUAAAGAAAAAGAUGGGCCUUUGUAUGUUUGUCACUGGUUGCCACAUUUAUUUAAAACUGGAUUGCAUAAUAUUUAUGUAGUGGCAACAGAUGAAGUAGGCAAAGAAACAACUUUAGAACAUCCAUUUUCUUUGGAUGGUACUGUAAUAUCGUUCGGAAUAAAAUCAAGAAUCAUGCUGAUGUUGGAUGCUGCUGUAGUGUUUCAGACUAUAUUUGGAACACUACUCCUAGUUAAUGUCCUACCUUUAGUUGUGUUAAGACUUCAAAAGCGUCCGCCAAAAUAUUUAAGAAGAUAUGGCUGGCGAAUUUGGAAAAGCAUUUGGUUAUUAAGUAAAAUCGACAGAAUAUUUUACCCUAUAGUAUUAUAUGCAAUUUAUGUGCCAUUCGGACCUUGGGUAAUUGGGGAACUUAUCGAUGGAUAUAUAGGCACUAUUUUUGCAUGGGGAAUAUUAAUAAAAGGAACAUACUUACCUGAACCGUUUACUUACUCAUAUGGGAGUGUGCAGUUAAUGUUUGUGCAGAUACCACUUAUCCUAGUAUUAGCUAACUGUCUUGACAAUAGACUGUUCGGGCAACAUUUAAGAGGAUAUAAACGCCUUAUUAAAAAUUUGCCCUUCAUAUUUUUGAUAUCAAUACAGUUAUUAUUAGCCUACUUUUUCUGGCUGGAAUAUGGCACAAUAUCUUUCUUAUUUGGUCCAUUAAGAACUUGGAGCAUUGUUUUAAGCAUCUUGUUAUGGUAUAAAACCUUAACAUUAUCUCCUGAAUACUGCAGGUAUUUGAUCAAGUUAAAUGACUUACCAUCAUAAGCUUGCCUGCUUUUAAGAUAUUUGACAUUCAUAGAGAAGUGAAUAAACUUUUAUGUUGCACAUAUAAUUGUUAAAAUAAUAAUUAUAUCGAUAAUUUAUAACUUACAAAGUUACUAAAGAUUCUAGUCCCAAAUUAGUACUUUGUAGUAUGAUCAAAUUAUAAAAAGAAAUGAUAAUACUUAGAACCUAUGUACAUUGUGCUUAAGUUUAACACUUGAACAAAACUAAAUAAUUGAUAUAAAAUAUAAUUUUGAACAAUGUAUGAAUGUUUAAUAUGUCAGCAGAGGAGAAGAAUUUAUCAUAAUGUAGUUUAACUUUGUACAAAAUAGCCAGUUUUAAAGUAUUUAAAAGAUGUAUUACAGAUAUGUAAACAUGAUGUAUUUAUUGCACCAAAGAUAUUAAAUAUGUACGUAAUUGAUUUAAUCAUUCCAGACUAUUGGCUUUUGCUGUAUUAAAAAUGCUAAAUAAAAUGAAGUAUUAAUCAAUUUUGUGAUAAUAUUAUAUGACUAUUUUUUUAGGUAGGUAUUCCACUCAGCGAAAAAGUGAACGUUCUGAAAGAGUGUUGAUUAGGUAUAUAUACGUCAAUUUCUCAAUAGAUUGUAAACCUUAGGAGCUUAUCUCAAAGCUUUCUAGGCUAGCAGAGCCUAUUUAAUGGAUUGGGUAAUAAAAUACACAAUUUAUUUUUAGGGAUUGGUUCACUCUUUCGCUGAGCACCUCACAUAUUAAAUUUGAUUAGUUUUAUAAUAGUUACUCUGGGCAAUGUUGUUAGCUAUUUUGACAAUAAUCAUAAAUAAUUAAUUGUUGCUUAAUCACCAUUUAUCAUUUUAAAAGUUAAUUUUCGAACCGCAUUAUUAUUAUUAAUUAGAAUUUCUAAUUUCAUGGUUUUCACUAGUGUCAAGAUAGCACGGUUGAAUUUUAUUUCAGGAUAUCUACACUAAAAAUUAGCAUAAAAAUGAGCCUAUGACUUUUUCGAAUUAGUACCUAAUUGUAUGUGUAAUUUGUAUAUGUGUCUAAUAAUUAAAUGAUCAAAUUCGCGAUUUUUAAAAA